AAUCAAAUGGCAGCUGAUGGAUGGCCUUGACACCUGAUUUUUGCAUUUCCCUGUAGUGAUUCCCAACUAUGACAUCUAAUAAUAUGUACAGAGUUGGGGAUUUUGUCUACUUCGAAGUUGCUGCGGCAUCACCAUAUCACAUCAGAAAAAUCGAAGAAUUGAAUAAGACUCCCACUGGCGCAGUAGAGGCCAAAGUAGUAUGUUUCUAUAGGCGACGAGACUUAUCACCGAACUUGAUACAGCUGGCCGACAAACAUCAAAAGUUAGGAACUUGCGGUGAUGAUACUCAACCGGAUAUACUGCACCAGAUACAUCAUCGUGAAUUGUUCCUUUCCCGACAUCUGGAAACACUUCCAGCAACACAUAUUCGUGGAAAAUGCAUAGUUACUCUACAUACCGAAACGGAACCUUAUCAUAUCUACCUGACGAAAGAUGACACUUUUUUCUUUCAAUUAGUGUAUGAUCCGUUGCAAAAAACUCUCCAAGCUGACCAAGGAUCUAUUCGGGAAGGUCCUCAAUAUCAAGCAGAGAUUGAGCCUUACCAUCCUCUCCUAGAAUAUUCUACCGACGAAUCUACACAUGAACAGCUGCUGUGGCGACCAGACAACAAUUUAACUCCUUCAGAUCUAGACUCAUAUCUCCUCUUAAUUAGAUCUCUUGCUACAUUGGGCAGAUCUUUUUAUCCACCACAUAUUCUCCGUCAGCCAAACCUUACAAUGUCUGCAGCUGCAGCGGCCAGAGAUACCACACACCAGUUUGCUUUAGAUACUUUACAUUCUGCUAAUUAUAAUAUCUCGCAAGCACUUCAAAUGUUAGCUCCUCAUGGACAACCGAUCUUAAAGUUGGAUGAAAUGGAGCAGUGGUCAGCAAGCGAAGGCAAUCUUUUUGAAGAAGCGUUAGAAAAAUAUGGGAAGUGUUUUUAUGAAAUACAAAAUGACUUCCUUCCGUGGAAGUACCCAAAAAGCCUUGUGGAAUUCUACUACAUGUGGAAAACUACAGAUCAUUAUGUUCAGCAAAAACGUAUGAAGGCUAUUGAAGCAGAACAUCAUCUAAAGCAAGUAUACAUUCCAAAUUACAACAAGCCGAACCCGGCUGUUCUUUAUCCAGUUACAACUGAUUCUAGUAGCUCAGCAUCUGGAUGCGAGGGUUGUCCUAAUCUUACAUCAACUCUGUGGUAUGCUCUUGGUCCAUCUCAUUCUCCUUUAAAAGUUUGCGUUGAUUGUUGGAAUUACUGGAAGCGAUAUGGAGACUUAAAAUCCACAUCACUUUUGGAUAAAGUUUCCGAACCAAUUUCUUCCAAUCCAACAUGCGCUUCCAGCUCAGAUUCCAAAACCAUGAGUGUCUCGAAAACUAAUAUUUCCAUUACUGAACUCCAAGCUCGUAAGAACUCACCCACUGUUUCGACUGACCACUCUACAAAGUCGAACGACUUAGGAGUUAAUAAUUCUAAUGCAUAUAUGCUAGCAUCUAAAGUUCGUACCAGCGUCAGCUUUCAUUUUGUCGCUAGUGUCACUCUUCGAAUCGCUCGUCGGCUGUGUGUGACUUCAAGUCCUCGACGCCGAGCUCGUCAACCAUUCAAACGCCUCACAUUUUUAACUGGUUUCCAUAAAGACACUCUCCCGUUGUUAACUAAACUUACUCCGGCUGAAUCUCAUAAACUUACAAAGCGAUUUCGAAAUAUAUCUGCGGUAAGCAAAUGCAAAUCCCGUGGAGUUGCCUUACAUUCUUUGGUCUCACGAUUGCAUAAAACAAAAUGUAGUUCAUCCAAUGGAGUAGAAACAGCUUUGGCUGGUGAACCCUUAUCUAUGAUUAUAGAAAACCCAAAAUAUGCCCCUUCAGAUACUGCUCUCGACUUAGCUGUAAACGGUUUGGUCACUACAUGUGAUUCCGGAAGUCUCAAGGAUGCUGGUUCGAUGCCUAACAGUGAUGAGCAUUCAGGCAAGUUCAUCUAAUCCGUAACACAUCUGUUUGAAAUUUGUCUAAUGGUUUUGAUGUGUAAGCUACAAUUUCACUUAUAAUUAAUAGAUGCCGACUGUAUUUCUAAUAAGAACCCUAACGCGACAAUUCCUGAUGAUGAAUCGAACAUUGAAGUCAUGUCAAACAAUCAUGGGUGCAUAAAUUUGGGUCCAAAACGUCGUUUUACUGUUGGGUCUGAUGUAGAUGGUGCGUCAACUUUGAUGUACCGAGCCACUCAACUGAUUAAACGUUCUCGACGUAAAUUUUUGUCGUUAACUGAACUUCGUCGUUUCGGUCGUCAUCCUUGGUUUGAUUUUAAUGUGGGUUUACAUUCACAAAAUGGUCUACAUCCUGUUUCUUCAAAUUUAAAAAAGAAAUCUCAUGCCGUCACAACCAAUUCGACUACAGAAACUGAUCUUCCAAAUCCUGGUAUUGUUACUUCAUCGUCAAGUGCACAUUGAAUUCAGAAUAGAUCGUCCCAUUACUUCAUUUCCAUAAUAGGACAUUUUCAACAUUUUUUGUGUUUUUACUGUUACUUUUGCAUGACGUUAUCAUGUCAGACAUUAAUACUGACAGUAUUGUAAAACUUAUUCAAAUCCUAUUCCAGUAUCGUUUUCACCAUUCAUUAAGUUCGCGGGGAUUUAAGUUAAGUAAUUUCGUCAUCAUUAUCACUUCAUUGUUUUUGGUGUAUAGAAAUGUAAUAUCUCUUCUUUUAUGCUUUCCUUGUUCUAAGUUUAUAAAAAAAAUGUCUUCUUCAUCUUGAUUCCAUUUCCUGUAUCUUCCUAUUUGCUCAUUAGGUUAUUUGAAUAAACUUGUAAUGUCUAAUUUUUUCAGUUAUUUAGGAGGGUGCAUUUAACAAAAUUCAAGUUACCGGAAAAUAUUACAUUCAAGGUGUUUAUUUUCUGUAAUUUUUUUUCUCUAUUUUGUAAUUAGUCUAUAAAAUAGUCGUUGUUGGGUGGCUCAGUAGUUGUUUUCCAAGG